CACGACGCAACCAAACUCAUUCUAAUAUUCGAUUAAUCAGCCAGCUCCUUAGGGCGGCAAUUCUUAGUGUCUCUUCAACACUUGGUACAUGCAAAUGGGGCACCACAACAGACAUUACGCUGGCGAUCCGCACUCGGCAGCCGGCGUCUGGAGUCCUUCCACAAGCACAGCCAACUUCUGUGAGGAGGACUACGCCAUCACACUCUACAUUGCCGAGUUCAUCAACACGCUCACAAACCUGGCUUACAUCUGGUUCGCCCUACGAUACCCCAAGAAGCAGCGCAGUAAUGCGACCCCGGGCUUCGGGCUCGACUUGAUGUCUGUUUCCCUCGUCGUCCUUGGCAUCAACUCCUUCAUCUUCCACGCCACGCUGCGCCACACGACACAGUACUGCGACGAGAUUUCCAUGUUUCUCCUUGGCAGCGCUCUCAUCCAAGGAGUAUUCACCAUCAACCAGUCCCUACGUGUCAGGAACCUCAUGACAGCCGCCAUCCUGGCGAUCAUGACGGUGCUGUCCGCCAUAUACAUCCAGACAGGCAACAUCCUGCACCACGUCUGGUCCUUCAACGCCAUGAUGGGGCUAGUCGGGCUGCGCACCAUGUUCCUAAUCUUCACGGGCGGUCGACCGCGCGAGGAGAAGGCCCGCCUCCUGGGGCUCUUUGGGAAGGCUGUCGCCGUACUCGUGGUAGCGUAUACGCUCUGGCAGAUUGAUCUAGAGAAGUGCAUGGAGUUGCGAUGGAUCAGAGAGGCUUUGGGAUUGCCGUGGGCGUGGUUGCUGGAGUUGCAUGGUUGGUGGCAUGUCUUGACCGCACUGGGGGCAAGUAGGUAUAUCAGGCUGAUCAGGGAGUUGAGCGAUUGACCGAGGACGCCAGACCGAGGACGCCAUCAUAGAUACAGACUUGGUGUAUAGAUUUAGUUGACGACGUGGUGACGAUGGACUGGCGAGAUGGUUGAGGUAGGAGGGGGCGAGCUUUGCAGCGUCUCCGGAGGUGACUUGGUACUGCAUGAAUAGAUCCCAGAGCUCUUUCUCGUCCCAUCCCAUCCGUACUAUCCUCUCGAAAUUUAAAAACCACUGCCUAAUAUUAUCCGGCGAACAAAUGGAGCGUUCCUACCCUCCUCGCCAUGUUCUCUGCAGGUUGCGCUCUCAUAUCCACCUCCCAAAUAAGAGGCAAUGUGGUAGAGGGUUCUGAGAUCAAUGGGGCUUGUCACACCUGCGGGUCUCUGAAUGGCGACGUUGGACACGUUGGCAGGACUAGGUCCGUCUGACCUUGCUGUUACUUUCAUGGUCAAGCCGAUGGUAUAUAGAUUAGCAGGACUUAGUUGGCUCGGCACUUUCGCCGCCUGGAAACUGUCUCUCG